AUGCAGAGCCGACUCUUGCCCUGGGGCAGUGACAUGAAGAUGUCUGUGCAGACGGAGCCGGCCAAUGAAGUACAGCAUGAUAAUCCGCUUUCGCAGACGGAUGGUGCGGUUCGCGAAGCCCUUUCGUGGCCCAUUGCCGUGUCUGCUGCGGCAGAGCUGCCGUCAAGCGAGCAGGAUCCGCUAAGCAGGCCUUCAGAUGUGGACGAGCUGGGCGGCUUGGAGCAACAGCAGACGGAGCCUGCUGGGAUUCCUUCUUCACCCCCUCGAGCACACUGUGGCGAUGUCGUUGGAAUCGGAUGCUUCAACGACAGCAUUGCAGCCAGGCUCCGUGAGGAAGCAUCUUUGCCACAAUCUCAAAGUGCAGAAGUCGUCUCAGUCGCCGCGCGAGAUCAUGAAGUUUCUGGGGCACCAUCACCGCUCCAUGGAGAAGACUCAGAGCAGUACGAGCAUCGAUCUGAAAUCCAAUCGGAGGAGGACGAGCCAGCCGAUUCUGUGGCAGAACAGUUCGACCAGUCACACGCAAGCAAGCUUCCGAUCGACGACCGAGAGGAGGAUCCGGCCGGCUACGUCCCAGGCGAAGCUGAGCAGAGGACGGCGAGGCCGAUGGACCAAGGUGAUGAGGAUCCACCGCCCUGCGCCUCCGAGGGUGCCGCGAUCUCAGAACAUAGCACCCUGGCUAAUGGGCUUCAAGGCAAAGAUGCCGCCAUCUCCUGGCAAGCUGCGUCACGGCUUGGAAAGAAGGCGAGCUUCGUCUCCAAGGCUGCCAAGCCGUACGAGAGGGAAGCCAGUCUCGAAGCGCAGGCUGCCCUGCAGGCGAAGAUGCAAGACGAAGUGGAGAAAGCAGAGGUGCGAGUGCGUGAGGAGCUUCAAGCCCAGUUGCAAGCACAGGCUCCGAGCGUUCUUGCGGGUUGCUGCAUGGCCGUGGACUAG